AAGGAAACUGUUUUGUGGUUACCACACAAGGUGCGCGAGGACUUUUGAGAUCUUGUAUCUCUACCUAGCAAGAUGACAGCCGGGUCUGUUGCCGUCCCUACCAUUGUACCACUUAGGCCACCCCUGUCGACAAAGAGUAAAACUUCUGUCGACUCAAACACAAAAAUAGAACUCAGAUCAGAAACACCAGAAACGGAUAUUUACUACACAAUCAAUGGCACAAAGCCAGAGCCAUUUCAGAAGAUUGGCGAAAAAUGCACACUUAAAUAUAGGGGCCCAUUUACGUUACCUGCGGGCAAAAGGCCUGUGAAAGCUGUCGCUGUAACAAAAGAUGGUAUACGAGAGAGCAACGUUGUCACUAAGGUGUUUGAAGUUGAGUAUGUGCCUGUAGAGCCACUCUUACCAGAGGAUGAUGGACUUUCGUUUCAACAUCAAAUGGAGAAGGAACGACGAGAGCUGGAGGUGAAGAGGGCUGCUAAGAACUACCUUUUGUCCUCCACAAAAUCUGCCUGGACAGAUGUACAGAGAACAAGAGACGCAGAUCACACAACAGACCUGGAUACCCGGAGAUCAGAUUUCAGACAGACAGGCACAAGCCGUUUCCCUACCUCCAGGAUAGGAGGUAAUACUGAGAGGAGUUUAGGAUUUGAUACAGAGAGGAGUGCUAUAGAUUACAUAAGAGAUAGGAGAUCUAUGCCUGACAAUUCCACACAGCCUCUUCGCUUGCAAAGGGAAACUGACUUUUUAAAGUGCGUAUAUUGCUUUGCUGACCGCCCGUCUGACCCAUAUGCCAGAUUUUGUCAUGAGUGUGGAAACCCUGUACCCCAAGUACCUCAAACAAGGGCCACACCCCCUGAACCAGGACAGAUGGGUAUGUGUGGUUACUGCCACUCUAUGGUGCCUUUCAACGUCCGCAGCUGUGUGGUGUGUGAGGCCCCAAUCCCUGGCCAGAGAUCCCCCUCCCCUAAUCACAGACUCACAGAGAAGAAGGUGUGCACGCUGUGUGGAACAGCCAACCCAUCCAGCCUUAACUCGUGUCUAACCUGUGAUGCACGCUUACCCAUUGGCUCCCUGAUGAAGGGUGUGUACAGCGGUAUGUCUGCCCCUCCCCUGCCCAAAUCAGAGGGCAAGCUCCUCCAGUGUACAAAAUGUGGACGUGUUAAUAACGGGGACUCACGAUUCUGCGAUUGGUGCGGUGCUAAGCCUGAUCAGCCCUCUACAAAGUUGGUCUGCUCCAAAUGCAGAGCCUCCAAUCACCCCUAUGCUAACUUCUGUGGAUCGUGUGGAGUGAAGAUUGAAGCUCCUAUGAGAAAUGGGUUUAUAUCAUCGAGCAUUGAUGGUCAAGGCUCAUUACAAGCUAAGUGGAAGCCAGUGACCCUGCCUAUGGGAGGUAGUAUUGCCUCCCGCCCCUCCUCUAGUGUGGCCACCCAAACCGUGGGUCUCUUCUACCCCUCCCAGACGGAGAUCCUUAAACACCAGCAGAAGGAACAGGAGAGGCAAGCCAUUGUAAAAACCAUGAGUGACAAGCAGCCAGUACUGACAGCAGUCAGCCCGGGCAGAGGCUACUGGAGAAAACAGAUGGACCAUAUUUGCCAGCACCUGAAAACAUAUGCAGCUAAUAACGCUGAGUUCAGGGCCUUGAUUGGAGAGCCUCGAAUGGGAAAGCUUUUGUCCGUAGCUAUUGAUGAAGACAGUUAUCAGCUGAGUGUCACAGCCAACUUUGUCCUCCGUGGAGCUAGGGACCAUCUUCCCGAGCAUAAAACCAGAUUGAGCAAGGGAGACUACCUCGGGAGUGGCGACUAUGACAGUUACUCUGAAAGAGACACAGCCAGCGAACCCACAACUCCAUUAACAUCUGCAAGAUCAAGGAAAGGUGUGAAGAAAACCAAGAAGUCCAAGAAGAAAGAUGUGGAAAAACUGAAUCCAGAAGACAGGAAACUGUUGAGGGAGGUAGGGGUGGAUGGUGAAGGUCAGGCUGCCGAGAUACAACACCUUAUUGAUGAGGGGGCUGAUCCGUGCCUCGUAAACAAGGAUGACCUCCCCUUACUUCAUGUAGCUGUGAAGAAUAAACAUGCAGAGGCCAUUCCUGUGAUCAUUCAAGCUGGAGCUGACGUAAACAAGAAAGGCCCACCGUCUAUUAAAGGCAACACCGCCCUGCAUGAAGCUGUCAGCCUUGGAUCCUCUGGCCUGGAGGUGAUAGAAGCUCUGUUAGAGAAUGGUGCUGAUAUUCAGAAGAAGAACGAUCGCGGAGAGUCAUCAUACGACCUAGCAGCCAAGGCAAAUUAUGAAACCAUUGUGAAGAAAUUUGCAUCCACACUCGGCCAGAGUCAACUUCUGAAGAUGACCAAGCCGAAAUAUUAGCCAUUUUUAUAUUCAAGACGAACAUGUAGAUGUCUGCAAACCAUAUUUAUGUGUAGGUUAUUUUUUGCUUAGUAGACAAGUAAUCCUUACAUUUACAGUCAAUGUAGAUGACAAAGACACAAUUAGGUGUCAGUAUGUUUGAUGUAUAUCAGAAAUGGAAACCAAAAGCGAAACUGCCUAACACAUUGAGAAGUGAUGUGAGGAAAGCUACAUUUAUUAUGCCAGUGCAUGGGUAUCUGUAAUAACUGCUUGUAUUGUAGUGCAACAGGUUAGAAUGAGUCUACAUAAAGCACAAGGAUAAAACCACAUUGCUCAAUACUGUACAUUGAUCUCAAGGAGUUAGCCAGAACAAAACUAACCUGUAAGUUGGUGACAUUUAUUAACACUAUUAUAGCGGUAUCCUGUAACUGUGUAUUCUAUUAUCUUGAAAUUUUUAUAUGCGUAUGUACUCUGUGGUGUCAUUUUUCAGCAUUUCACACAUUGACCUGUUACUAUAGUGGCAGUUUAUCAGCAGUAGACUGGGUCAAGAAACUGUUCUAUUAGAUGUUGGCAAAUAGUCAGUAAUGGAUUUCCUCUGCGUAUACAAAAUGACAAUAGUGUGUAUUUUUCUAAGUGUUUAAAUUUUAUUUAAAUUGUAAGACACUUGUAAUUUGGACAUUAUUUUAUAUCUGGAGACGAAUAUCUCUAGUUUGCUUGAGGGAAGCUAGAUGCUAAGUUCAGUUUAAUGCUAUUUAAAUGGUCAUUUAGUGGGGAAGUGUACAUCAGUGUAGUAUCAAUCUAGCUUUUUCUGACAUGCUUAGUGUACAGUAUGUUGUCUGACUGUUGAAGUGUAACAUUUGUUCUUGCUGCCAUGACUGCAGCAGGUGAAAUUUGGACUUAUUGGAAUGAUAAGCAGGGAGUGAUUUUUGUGGUAACAUCAGCGCUGAGUUAACACAAAAUAUACACAUAAUUGUGAAGGUAUUCAUGGGACUUACAUAUGAUGUAGCGUUUUAUACAAAAAAAACAAAGUACAGGUAGUGUGUAUGUAUUUCAUAAAUGAAGAUGAUGAUGUCCAUUUCACUGGAGGGUCAAAAAAUAAUUGGUAACUCUUGUAAAAUAUGUAUAAAUAGUGCCUUGGAUGGCAUUUAUUCUAUAUAUUUUUAGCAUAUGUUUGUGGUACUUGGGCAAGGAAUUGGAGGCCCUCUGAAUAAUUCCAGACAUAUAUACUGUAGUUCUUUCCUCUCACCUGUUUGCAAGGUGUUUAUUCAAAGAUAUUCUGAAGGCGUUAUUCUGUGUACAAAAUGGUACUUUUUGUGCAGCCCAAAUAAUAUAGUUUUGUCUCUAAAAUAAAGGUAAAAAGAUACGUAUAUCCAGUGGAAAAAAAAAAAGAUUGCACUAUUAGGAUGAAGUUACCAAACGCUCUAUGAGGAGUAUGGAAUUGAUAAACAGACUGCUGGCUGUGACAGGUACCAGUAAAUCAGAACAAAACACCAGGUCUUCUCAGGGAAUGCCAUUAAAACCAAGCAGUAGCCCUCCAAAUAAUUUUAUGACCAAAGUGUUCAAACAAAUGCAGUGCGAAUAUUAUUUACCAUUAGCAUGUAUAUCAGGUGUAAGAACUCAGUAUUUGAUAUUUAUACAUGUCUCUUGUACAUAUGCAUUUACAAUGUGGUAGGUAUCCUUUUAUCCACCUGUUGGCCUAUCGAUCUCUACAUGUAAUUGAUAUAGGUAGAUACUGGAAGUUUAGUGACUUUAAACCCAAGAUUUGGGUUACUUUUGCUGUCAUAAUGUUAUACUGAAUUUUGUUAAUUCAUGGUUUGGAAAUCUCAAGUAAUUUUUUGGAUUCUCUCCUGUUUGUUGUUAUUGCAUAUUUAUGAACUAAACCGUCCACUACUGUGACAAGUAACAACUAACACAUAUUUACAUUGUUCAUUUAA